AUGAGCAUUUCCUGCUUGGCCAGCAGAGAUCUUUUCUUUGGAGGGGCUUGUUCUAAUAGAACCUGCACUUAUGGGGCGAAAGCUUACAACCCUCAAUAUGUGAGUCGUCAGUUUGGGCUUGUUCAGGCCAUUCCUAAAUUACUGUAUAGCUCAGUUAAUAGAGGGAGCUCAUGGCGGAACCUGUCGAUGACUCCUCAAAAAAUUGGGUCAGUGAGGUCUUCGGGGCGGAGCCGAGGUGAGAAAAUGAGAGUACCUCCUUACGAUCCUUCCCUACUUUGCACCUCUGCAUUCCACGAGUUCUGGCAUGACAGGCUAUCUUCCUGGCUACCUGAGUCUGCGAAACUUUUCUAUGCCUCAACGUUCCAGGACUGCCCUUUUGCCAGAUUGAUGACUGAACAAAAGGAAUACCAUAUGCGGCACAACCUGGUGCGCUACCAAGGCGAAGCCAUAAUAGAAACUGUUACUGAUGAUCCAUGUGGCCCUGAUUUGAAUGUUCGAGAUGUUGUUCCCGGUGAUGCUGAUAACUCAAUGUUGCCCCCUAGCUCUCUCGGUCCUCCUUCUGUCCUUGGCUCGAGAUCGCUAGGCAAAGGAAAGGCUCCCUUGGAGGAUCCUAGUGAAGAUGAUGAAGAUAAUGAUGAUGGGGAAGAGGAGAUACCGCUUGAAAGGAAACGCAGAGCCCUGAAUUGUGAUUCAAUCCCUGUAGAUGUUGAAAGUAAGAGGGCGAGGGUAGAAUCAUCUGCUUAUAUUGAUGAAAUGCUUCUGGUGGGCCCAGAAGAAGUGCCUCAGGAAAAAGUCUAUAGUCCUUUUAUUUCCGGUGUGCCCAAAAUGGUGACAUUGAAAGUGAGGACUAUCAAACUUGAGGACGGAGUCGACCUCCCUCCUAAUGAACCGCAUUCUGGACCAGGUUGUCCAGAUUCUAUUGCUGCUGCGAAGGCACUUUCGAGGUUGGAUCCUCUUUUCCGAGACUUCGCCAUGCCACGGUCUCACGGGUCUAGUGUUGUGGGCAAACGCAUUAUCAUGGAGCUGAAUCAGCCUGACGUGGUACUUGCUAUUGCGGUGGAUGCUCUCAGGUUUCUCUGGAAUGUAAUUCGAGCUCCUGAGUUUGAUCCCGUGACAGACCCUGACACCCUAUCUGGGAUGAUGCCUCAGAUCCAUCAAAUUGCUCUGGUAAAGCCUCAUCUUGCUCCUGCAUGCAAGCAUAUGGAGCAGUGGUUGAACAGGACUCUGAAGCAUAUUUGCAUUAUCAAAGAAAUUCUUUCCGCUGCCAGGGACUCAGAAGAGAUUUUGGAAGAGCACUGGGAUCGCAAGGAAGGGUUCGUGGAUUUGGCUGAAGCUACCGAGAAGGUCUUAGAUCAGCUUGAUGUUCUAGAGAAAGAGGAAGAAGGAUUAAGGGCUAAUAUCUUUGUUGAUCUUCGGUUGAAGGCAGAGAUGGAAGCUAAGCUGAAGGACAUUCGGGCCCAGAUCGCUGCUAGUGGUUCUACUGCUCAAGAGAUAACUUCUCGGGCCUUUCGAGCUCGGCUGGCUCGAAAAAAGAUGGUUUUUGCCCAACGUGCCCUAGAUAUUGAUAUGGAGGAGCUGGCAGAUCUGAUUGCCACUAUUUUAGAAUUUCUUGGUUGA